UUGAGGUGAAUGGUCCCGCAUACGGUCCGCAAAAAAACCCGGAAUGGACACGGAAAGAAAAUACAUUUGUGUGCAUGAGCCCUUAGGCUAACGUCCAAGUGUUUCUAGUGCUCGUGUCCAAGGGUUCAUGGCAUGUGAUCAGUAAUUACCAAAGCUCGAAUUGACAGUCCCCCUGGACAUUCAUCUUACAGCACCUUUGCAGCAGUCAAUGAAAAAGCAGAAAUGGAUAAUUUGGAUCUGGAAAAAGGCCAUACCAUUGAUGAAAUGAUAGAUAUAUGCAUCCAAAAUUUUGACUCAGACGGGAAACCUAAGGAUAAGGAACUGGUUCAGAUGUUUCUCAUGAUGCAUCCCUGGUACAUCCCAUCUGGGGAUCUUGCUAAGAAGCUCUUUUCUCUUUCAGAGGCUGGUGGAAAUGCAGAACGAGAACGAAUCUGUCACCUUGUCAGGUUCUGGAUAGAAGAAUACCCAGCUGAGUUUGAUUUAAAUCCUGAACUGGGAGAGCAGAUUCGAGACCUGAAGAGGGCACUGGAAAACAAGGGAAACCGCAGAGAGAGCAGUCUCAUAGACAUUGAGAAUGUUCCAUCUUAUGGCUGGAAAAGACAAGUAACCCAGCGAGGACAAAGCGGUGGCAGAAUAAGGAAAGCAUCUCUGUUGUUCGAUCACUUGGAUCCUGCUGAACUGGCAGAACAUUUAACACAUCUAGAAUUUCACUCAUUUUCAAAGAUCUUGUUUCAAGAUUAUCACAGUUUUGUCCUUCAUGGCUGCACUGUUGGAAACCCUGUGUUAGAAAGAUUUAUAGCCCUUUUCAAUGGUGUUUCUCAGUGGAUCCAACUUAUGGUGCUCAGCAAACCUACUCCACAACAAAGAGCUGCAGUGAUUAAACAGUUUGUUCAGGUGGCAGAGAGACUCCUUGAGCUGCAAAACUUCAACACACUAAUGUCAGUUGUUGGAGGUCUCAGCCACAGUUCCAUCUCUCGCCUGAAAGAAACUCAUUCACAUGUCAGUCCAGAGACUAUAAAGGUCUAUGAUUCUCUUUUGGAGCUUCUUACCUCUUCAGAUAACUAUUCGCGAUACCGGCGCAGGUUUGCAAUUUGUGAGGGUUUUCGUUUUCCUGCUUUGGGAGUACACUUGAAAGACUUAAUGGCAUUGCAUGUAGCACUUUCUGACUGGACAGACAAGGCCAGAGGUGCCAUCAAUGUGUCCAAAAUGCGCCAGGUCUAUAAAGUGGUUCAUGAAUUAACAGAAGCCCAGAGACUAGAACCUCCAGUGAAAGCAAAUCCUGACCUUCUAAACUUAUUAACGGUUUCCCUGGAUCAGUAUCGAUCAGAGGAAGAAAUUUAUCAGCUGUCCCUUCAAAGAGAACCAAGGGCACGUACAUCGCAAGCCAACAUAAAAUCACCUCCAUCCCCGUCACCUCCUUUGGAGGAAUGGGCUUCCCUAAAAGCUAAACCAGACCAGGCCCUGUUGUGCCAACACAUAGAAAAAAUGGUUGAAUCUGUAUUUCGACUCUUUGAUGAAGAUGGUGAUGGGCAUAUCUCCCAAGAAGAGUUCUGCAGUGUUCGGAGCAACUUUCCUUACCUAUGUGCCUUUGAUGAGAUAGACCAAAACCAGGAUGGAAAAAUCAGUAAACAGGAGAUGACUUCAUAUUUUCUGAAAGCCAGCUCUGUGCUCGAUUGCAAAAUGGGAUUUAUCCACAAUUUCUGUGAGAGGACAUUCCUUCGGCCUGUGUCAUGUCAGCACUGUGGAAAUCUGAUACUUGGAAUAUAUAAGAAAGGACUGAAAUGUCGAGCCUGUGGAGUUACUUGUCACAAGCACUGUAAGGAUAGACUGUCUGUAGAGUGCAAGAAAAGAUCUAAAAGUGUCAGUGAGAAGCGGGAAAGUUCUCACCAGGGGCGGCAAUUUUCAUUUUCUCUUCCAAGAUCAUUCAAAAGAUCCUCAUUGCCACCAGAGCUGAAAGAAGAAGAUCCACAGGUGGAGGAAGAUGGAGUUUUUGAUGAUCAUUUAUAAGCAGAACAGUGGCUGAAAUUUUAAGAUGGAUACUCGUCCAAGUCAUUGCAGUGAGAAAUUUACAAAAGCACUGUUGUCUUACCAUCGCUAGAGGAAAGAUCACAACUCUCUCAAUAUAUUCUGAUUUAUUAAAGGACAGAAGACUCAGUGUUCCAGAUGAAAUGCAGAUAUUGCCAAAACAUGUAUAAAUCUGAAAAGAGAUGUACUUGAAAAAUCACUAAUAAAAUAAAUAUAUAGGUCA